CCCAAAGAUUAAUUAAAAAGAAAAUAGGAAAAAUAGCCCAAAGAUUAAUUAAAAAGGAAAAAGGAAAAAUAGCCCAAAGAUUUGAGAAAGCGCGAAAUAAAACGGAAGGUCCCGUUUCCAGACGCCCAAAUCAACCAACCGCCUUCUGUCGUCUCGCAGAUUGAAAUCCUCACACUCUUCUUCUUGGAGCCCUAAAUUGAAUCGGAAAAAUUUUCUGACGACAACUCCCAAUUUCUAACCAUGAAAUUGAGGCUCAGAUCCCUAGAAUCCAAACAAACCCUCAGAAUCGAAGUCCCCGAUCCAUCCACUCUCAAUCACCUCAAACGGACGCUCCUCCAAACACUCUCUUCUUCCUUUUCCGCUGAUUCUCUUCACCUCUCCCUCAAUCGGAAGGACGAGCUCCAAGCGUCCUCGCCGGAGGAUUCCUUGCACUCCUUGGGUAUUACUUCAGGUGACCUUGUUUUCUUCACUUUCAAACCUUCCGAGUUUUCGUCUCUCGGAGCGAGAGCUACGCCAAUUCAAUCUUUUCAACCUCCUCCUCUUUCUGGUUCUUCUUCGCUAGUUUCGUCUUCCUCGCUACCGCAGGUUAAAGGAAAGGAACUUCUGGGUAUUGAUUGUGAUCUUAAAAAACCUAGGUUGGAGAAUUCCGAGCCUGAAUCCAUGGUACCCGAUUCAUCGGGUGCAGAAUUGACUACAUCUAGCAUGAUCGAGGAGUCGGAUUGUGAAGAAAUGGAGGUUGAAGAAGAGCCAACCGUAGUUGUGGAAAAGAAAUGUUCGAGGCCGAUCUUUUUGAGGAGAGUUCUGAAGGAGGAGUUAGGCUAUGAUCGUAAUGCUCACAAACUUUUGGUAACUGCCGUUCACGCUGUACUUUUGGAGUCUGGAUUUGUGCUGAUUAAUCCUAAUUUAGGUUUUGAGGACAGUCCUUUCCGUAUGCCGGAAGAUUGGCCUUCCCCGUCGUUUACGAUGUCGCUUUGGUACACUCUACCUGAACUUUUGACUAAGAGGGGAAAGAAUUCUACCAUGACUGAAGUAGUAUUAUUGAAGUUUCAGAGUUUAGGGUACUUUGUUAAUGUUUAUGGGUCUCUUAACUGCAGUAGAGGAUCUAGUGUGUAUCGUGUAUCUUUAGAUGAGAGAAAAUUUGCACCAAAUCUUGAUCUUAUUUGGGUGGAUUCAGUAUCCAACUACAUCAUGGAUGAAAAGGAAGGAAACCCAGAGAAACAAGUUUUUGAAUUCUGGAAGAUAGUGAAGGAUGCUCUUGCAUUGCCACUCUUGAUUGAUAUCUGUGAAAAGACUGGUUUACCACCUCCUGCAAGCUUUAUGCUACUUCCAGCUGAUGUGAAGCUUAAGAUUUUAGAGGCUCUUCCUGGUGUGGACAUUGCAAGAGUUGAAUGUGUGUGUACUGAAUUGCGUUACUUGGCCUCCAGCAAUGAGCUGUGGAAGAUGAAGUUCAAUCAAGAGUUUGGUUUAGAGGAUGGUGUUUCAGGAAACAGGGUUUGGAAAACAAAAUUUGUUGAAUAUUAUGAAAGAGAAAAGCAGAGAAACAGGAGAACUAGCAAUAUGAGAGAUGCCAUUAGUUUUGGGCGGCAUCGACGACCCCCUUAUCCUUUCCCAGUUCCUCAUAUAAUUGGGGGAGAUUAUGAUAUUGUGUCUGGUAUUAGACUUCCUGUAUAUGGAGUUCCUGGACAAUCAUUACCUCGGAUUCCACGGCGACACGCUGUCAUACCACAUUAUGAUUUGAGAGGACGAUGAGUACCGAAUCUGAGUUCAUAGGCAGUUUUUGUUGUAGUUUUGGGUGUUUUACGCAAAGGACAAGGUGUUAGGAAUCUUGCCAGAAUGGAGAUAUCAGGUUAGGCCAUGAAUCUUAUGUAAAUAUAGCUUGCCUGAUUGCCUCAAACGCUCUUUGAUGUUUUUUUUUAAUCGUUCACUAUUUUAUUACUGAAGGAUUUUAAUAAGUAAUAAGUUAAGCUCAACUGCAAACAUGAAUAUCAUCAGUUUUGUGUUUAAGCUGAGAAGUUUAUUAUAUAUGAUUAUGCUGAAUUAAACAUGGCCUUCUGAAAGUUCUACAA